UCGCCGCCGCCGGGCUCCGUCGCCCGCGCCGCUUCGCCCUCUUGGCGCCUGAGACGGCCGCAGGGGGUUCCUGCGGCUUUCGCUCUUGCAGUUGCGGGCCGCGCAUCGCGGCCAUGUCCCGAAAGCAGGCGGCCAAGGGCCGGCCGGGAAGCGGCAGCCGGAAAGCGGAGGCCGAGCGCAAGCGCGACGAGCGGGCGGCGCGCCGGGCCCUGGCCAAGGAGCGGCGGAACCGGCCAGAGUCCGGUGGCGGCUGCGAGGAGGAGUUCGUCAGCUUCGCCAACCAGCUGCAGGCCCUGGGGCUGAAGCUGCGGGAGGUGCCAGGGGACGGCAAUUGCCUGUUCAGAGCACUUGGUGAUCAGUUGGAGGGACACUCACGAAAUCAUCUCAAGCACCGACAAGAGACAGUGGAUUACAUGAUAAAGCAGCGGGAAGAUUUUGAACCCUUUGUAGAAGAUGACAUUCCUUUUGAGAAACAUGUGGCCAGUUUGGCAAAGCCUGGCACCUUUGCUGGUAAUGAUGCAAUCGUAGCCUUUGCAAGAAAUCAUCAAUUGAAUGUGGUGAUUCAUCAACUUAAUGCCCCUUUGUGGCAGAUUCGUGGCACGGAGAAGAGCAGUGUGAGGGAGUUACACAUUGCAUAUCGGUGUGGAGAGCACUAUGACAGCGUUCGGAGGCUCAAUGACAACUCGGAAGCCCCCGCACACCUCCAGACGGAUUUUCAGAUGCUUCAUCAAGAUGAAUCAAAUAAAAGGGAAAAGAUCAAGACAAAGAGCGUUGACUUUGAGGAUGACCUGAGAGAUGAAGUAGAAGAUGCUGUCCAGAAAGUUUGCAAUGCAACUGGAUGUUCAGAUUUUAAUUUGAUAGUCCAGAACCUGGAAGCUGAAAAUUAUAAUAUUGAAUCUGCAAUAAUUGCCAUGCUUCAGAUGAACCAGGGGAAAAGAAAUAAUGCAGAGGAGAACCUUGAGUCCAGUGGCCGAAGUCUGAAGCAGUGUGGCCCUUUAUGGGAGGAGGGCGGCAGUGGCACCAGACUCUCUGGAAACCCGGGCUUAGAUGAAGGCAGACCUGAGAACAAUAAAGAGCGGGCAAGCCCUGGUGAAGAAAACAAAGCAAAUAAAGACCAGCUCCCAAAGGUCACCAACAAACAGAGGCGGGAGCAGCAGCGACUGGAGAAGAAGAAGCGACAGGAGGAGAGGCACCGUCACAAAGCCCUGGAGAGCAGGAGUGGCCACAGGGACAGCAACCGAGGUGAGGCAGAUGCGAACGCGCAGGUCACCUUGGUGAAGACCUUUGCCGCUCUCAACAUCUGACUCUCUGGCCUUCUGGGAGCUGCGAGAAGCGAAUGGAAAAUGGAGCGCUGUGUAGCAGGCUCUCCAGUGAGGCUGUCCUCUCACAAAAUGACACGCAACCCACAAAACUCACACACAAGCUCACACACUGAGUUCGUCUCCUUCAAGCUGCCUCUGUUUUGCUCAAACUUUUGUUAGCGAUGUGUUUUAUUUUAUGAAAGUUCAGUGAAGCCAUUCAUGUUCUGUAAUUAAAAUAUCGAGUUCUAGGGUUGGAUAGUUAGUUGAGGCAAAACCUUUUAAGUGUGGUUUUAUUUGCCUUGAAAAAUCAGAGUUCAGUGACCCUGGGAUUUUUCCUGAACAUUUGGGGUGAGUUUUACCAUAAUUGUUCAUGAAGUAGUUUAGAUUAGUUGCUAGAAAUUCAGAAUGACAAGUUUCCUUUGUUUCUCUUUCAUUUUCAAGCAGAUAUUCACAUACAGGAUAGUUUAUAAACGGUCUUCAACUCAGGAACAUGUUUAGAUUUAAUUUUCUACUAAUCCAAGUUAAUCAGAAAUUAAUUCAGGAAGUAUUUUUCCCAAAGUAAUAUCAUAUGAGGGUUGCAGCCUGUUGUCAGGGUGGAAAUUCAACAGCUACGUUUUUCUCCUUCCUGAUUCUGAUGCUAUUUCAGACGGGAUGCAGGUGCUGAGAGUUUGCUUGCGCUCAAGCCAUAUGAUAAAUACGCCUGACUGUUAAUUAGGCCUGGACUUUGCUGGAAAAGUGGUAGUGUUGUUGAGGUUUUUGUACUUGUUUCUUAACACGGAGAAGGUGGCAUGUUACUGCUUAUGAUGUAAUUCUGGGCUUCUGAUCGUAUGGAGAGCAGAACCCAUGGUUACAAAGGGAGAAAUGAAGAGAUUCCGGAGUCUUUGUCUAGGGAGAGUCUAAAGAGUUACUUGAUUUUGUAGGGGCCUGGAAGGGUCUGGAAGAAUAAGGCUUUUCAGGUUCACAUUUUAAGUAAUUAACUGUAUUUUCUUCCUUGCUGUUCUAGACUAAGAUGCCUUCAGAGAAGUAGUUUGACCUGUUGCUCAGUUUUCUUAGUGUCGUGAAAAUGGAAUCCCAUAAAAUGCUGCAUUUCUUUCUUUCUGUUCCAGCCCUGUCUGGGAUCUUGAUGUUGGAAAAAUUCUUCCACACUCUAGCACUUGUCAGUGACUUAGGUUAGACCAAUAGGGCAGAGGCCAUGGGAUGACUCCACAGUUCUGACAUGGAUUUGGGAAGUGGAGAGAGGUCAUUCCUAAGACUGGUAGGUGGGUGUGAACUUUCAACCUGGAACCAUGUAUGAAGUGGACAGUCGUGGACAGCCUUGGCCUUCUGGGGACCCAGUAUUUGGACAAAUAAAUUCUGCUGAUUGAAAAGGUAAAUUCGUUACUUCUCCACCUCAGAUUUCAAAAUUAUAACUGUUCCAAGGAGAAGGGAAAACCAUAAAAACGUUUUGACUGAACGGAUGUACCAUUGUCUGGGCUGGCCCUGGAUUCAUUGAAUUGCUUUUAUCAGCAGACGAUCUGCUUUCUUCAGUUUUAAUGAUGUGUUUUAAUUUUUUGUUUGUUGACUUCAGUGACUUUUUAUAGUUGAAGCAUCUGUAGUUUCUUGGAACUGCUCUCAGGCUGUUGUAGUUUGGGCUUCUUCCUGGUACGGUGCUUUGUAAUAGUAGCAGAUUUGGGAAGUGCGGAGCAUGUUUUCUUUGCACAUUGUGGAGUCCUGAGUCGGAGGCUCUAGUACUUGGUCCCUACAGGUGCAGGGUCUCUGUUGCCUUACUGUUUCCAAGGGAGUGAGAUCCAGUGCUUAAGGAUCAAUCAUUCUCUUGGCUUUUGACUCUGGACACUUUCCUGACUGUGGCUGAUCUUUUCUGAGUGAACACUCUUUCUUGUCUGUGUGGUAGGGCGAGAGAGCCAGAGACCAGAUCCUCUCAAGAAGGUCAAGAUUGUGUAUCAGAAACUCAGCAGAAUUAGGAAUCUGAAAUAGCAUAAGGGAUACCCCUUGUCAGGAGCAAUAGAAUUGCUUUAUUUACCUGGUUAAUGAAGGUGGCCUUGGGCCCUGUUGGGUUUUAGAAGUUUAACUAGAAGCUGCUAAAAAGUUAUUAAAGAAUAUUGGGCAAACUUGUUAACAAAUUACCAAAUUCUGAUAAUAGACUUCAGCAUUUCUGGGGCAAAAUAACAGUGGUUUUUUUUUUUUUUUUUUAAAGAUUUUAUUUAUUUAUUUGAGAGAGAGAGACUGAGAGAGAGAGCACAUGAGAGGGGGGAGGGUCGGGAGGGUCAGAGGGAGAGGCAGACUCCCCACUAAGCAGGGAGCCCGAUGCGGGACUCGAUCCCGGGACUCCAGGAUCAUGACCUGAGCCGAAGGCAGUCGCUUAACCAACUGAGCCACCCAGGCGCCCCAAAAUAACAGUGGUUUUAAAAACUAAUCCGGCUUCGGUAAUUUUCUCUUACUACCAUUUCAUAGUUUUCCAGUUAAAAUUAGUCUGCGUUUAAUACAUUAAUUAUUAGGAGUGGGGUACACAUACCCAACUUUAGUGAUCUCUUCUCGCUAAGCGUGUGAAUUUAGACUUCACUGCCUCAGUCUCACUGAAGUAUGAAGUAGAUGGGAUCCAUAUACUUAGUUGCCUUGUGGGCAUUUGAAAAUUGCUUUAUUGGCAACCAGCAUGGAGGUCCAGUGAGUUUGGCUCUGGGAGGACUGUUGUCAGUAACUCUUGUCCCCAGUACAGUGACUCACGUGCCCUCCAUGUUGGGAGGUGUGUCUUGCUUAGCCGCUGUGCUGUGUCUUGGCCGUUAGAGGUUUAUGUUACAUGGGAUUGUCUCGGUAGCUUUUAGUGAGGUCAGGAGAAAGGGGAUGGGGCAGUGGUCUGUAGCUGCUUAUUAGUCUUAUGAACUGUAUAUAAAGGUUUUAUGGAUUUUAAAACAAGAUUUUUUAAAGGUCAAAAUAAAUAAAAUUUUAGUGGCAACAGCUUUGUACUAGAGAGGUAGCUGUAUUGAACAACCUAGAACCACACCUUCUAAAUAACAUGGUUGCCAUCAGGAAAUAUUAGGGAGAUAGAAUGCAUAUGUAUAUUUAAUUUUUCAGUAGUGUCUACAUAUGCUUUCUGGAGCAGAGCCUGGUUGAGGGAUGGUGACAGAAAGAAAGAUCUUGAGUAUCAGCUGAGGUUGUUGUCUGUAGUUUCUUUUAUAAGCUCUGAAAACACUUCCAAACCCAUUUUGAUCCCGAGGGCUUGUGAAGUGGGGUCUCCCUUGUGGGGUGGCUCGAGUGGGUGUCACAGGAACCUUCGAGGAGGUCAUUGGUAGCGCCCUGCCUCGGCUCCCUGGGGUUUACAAUGUGAAAUGAUGCGGCCCUGGGGGAGGAGGGCCGUGUGAUGUCAGGGAGAGCUGCUCACUUGUUAGGUAGGUAGGCAUCCGAUGGACUUCGGCACUGAACUGUCCUCGUGGUGAGUCCCUGUCGUCAAUGUGCAAUUUCUCUCAUUCUGAGAAACUUUAGACUCUGCCUGGGUUUUACUGGGUCAACAUAGAAUGCUGUCAGUUUACCUCUGUGAAAUGGUCAGCUCGAAUUUGCAGUCGGUUACUGGAAACUGGGAUUUCUAGUCCACGCUGACAGACAGUCUCCCUGAGUAAAGGGAUGAAAAUGGAGCGCUUGGUCUCCGUGGGUCACAUCUGGGGCCCUCUCUGACUCCCAUUUCAGGCAGACAUGUGGCUCUUCACCUUUUUACCUUUUUACCUUUUUACCUCAAGGCUCCGUCUGUCUGUAGCAAACGUCUAGAUUCAGAGUCUGCUGCUGUUUUCCCGUUUGGUCAUUUUCACUCUUCACCAUUCGUUCACCUCCGCUUUCAGAACAGGCGUUGCUAAAACUCUGGGGCCUUCCGACAGUUGUUCUGAGGUGAUUUAAUAAUGGCACUUUUUUUACAAGGUGUGUUUUCCUGACUCUAAAGCAGAUUGUGUUUUUCUGCUGACGUUGAAGCGAAGACCUUCUAGAUGGCAUGUUUAGGGAAAUUUUCUGCCGUCACAUAUUAGAGGGGGAGUGGGUAACUGGUGUGAAGUGGAGAUGGUGACCCCCCCCCCCAGCCCCAAAGUGCUUGCAUGGCAUGGGGCCCGCCUGCGCCCUGGGGCCCCCCGGGGAGGAGCUGGGCCUGCGGGCGGACUGGCCCUGCGCGGGCCCCAGGUGAUGCUCCCGGUGACCUCGGGCUCUUAGCCAUGUCUUCUAAGCUUACUAGUCUCUCUCUCCUAGUUAGAGGUGCUUUGUAGCUUGGUUAAAAUGGUUAACAUCCUUGCGAAGUUACUGGAGAAGGGGCUGCGGUCAUGAAGAAUGUUUCUGGAGAGCACGACUUUCUGCGCGGUGGCUCUAUUUUCAGCAGGGCAGCCCUGAGCUCCAGAACGGCUGCCACUCCCUGGGCCGGUCGUCAGGCGGGUGAUGAUCCCUGGACCAAGCGUCUGAGGGCUGCCCCCACCCCUGCGCAUGUCAGCAGCCAACAGGUCACCGUGGCCAGCCGUUGGGGACAAUCACUGGAGCUCAGUCAGAAAACUCACUGUGGUUUGGGCUCCUAGCAGGUCCCUGGACCAAAACUUGAAGAACUGGUGUGGGGGUGCCAACGUCUUCCCACCCUCGUUGUUCAUUUUCCACGGCGGGAAGGGCCGUUGGCCUCCCCGGCCACCCUUCCGGCAAGCUCCAGAGACACUGAGCUCAGUGAGAAGGAAGGAAGGAGCCGGGAGUUAGACUUGAGCCCUGCAUGUUCUUGCUGACACAGAUGUGCGGGUGGGCGUGAACCCCUUGGGGAGGAGGGCAGGUGUGUCUGUGGGGAGCACGGGCCUUCGUAGGCUCAGGAACCUUCUCUUUUUUCUAAUUGCACUAUACUUGUUCUCGCUUCAGUCUGGAGAUAUUUAAGACCUCCAUGGGGUCACGAUCCAUAGACUUAGCAAGUCUUGCCUUAUCUCUGGAGCUUGACAGGGAGAAAUGUGGCCAUUGUCUGAUGUCCAUAGUUCAUUUCUUCUCAGUGGUUUCUUUUCACAGAUUGUGUUCAUCUGAACCAUUUUAUUUUUUAUUUACCAAAGUACUGUACUUGGCUACUUGCAGUGUUUUCAAAACCAAAUGUUUCUUUUUUUUUUGUUUUUAAUCUUCCAUACUUGGUGCAAUAGAAGCUGCAAAGAUGUGCCACUUUAUCUAUGAAAUGGAGUUUUGUAUACCAAUAAAUUCUCGUUUAAAGA